UUACGUUGUGUGGCUGAUGCAAUAAGUCUGGCGAAGCUGAUUCAUCGUUGCUGACCCGGAAAAAAUCAUUUUAUUAAUGAAAUUACUCCUAAAACUCCUCAAUCCGGUAGUGAAAAAUAGAAUCUCCUUGCAACUCGUUCAAAAAUCCCGAAUUUUGCUGCAACCCGAGGCACAGACACGAUUUUUAUCAACAGCAACACAGGAAACAGCGACCGUAAAACCUCCGAAACGAGAAAGACCAAAGUGGGGCACGAACAAACAACAUCGCGACAUCCGAAUAAGUUUAGUGCAAAUGAUGGCAGACCCAAAAAUCGAAGCUGAAUUGGCUCCUUUGAGAGAAAAGGUCAAGGAACAAGGCGACUUGGUUCGCAAGCUAAAAGCUGAUGGCGCACCCGAAAAUGACGUCAAAAAAGCCGUCGCCGAACUAAAAGCUCGCAAAAAAACGCUCGAAGAUCGUGAAUUGGCGCUGGCGCCUCAAGUAGCCUCCUUUGAUCGUGCAAAAAUGGAAGAUUUACUGAAACGUCGCUUCUUCUACGACCAAAGUUUCGCAAUUUACGGCGGAAUAACGGGUCAAUAUGACUUUGGCCCGAUGGGAUGCGCCUUAAAAAGUAACAUUCUCUCCGCAUGGCGUCAAUUUUUCGUGUUGGAAGAGCAAAUGUUGGAAGUAGAUUGCUCCAUUCUCACGCCGGAACCCGUUUUAAAGGCUUCGGGGCACGUAGAUCGGUUCGCCGACUUGAUGGUGAAAGACGUAAAGAACGGCGAGUGCUUCCGAUUGGAUCAUUUGAUAAAAAAUCACUUGGAAAAAGUCUCCGCAGCGAAAGGGGCGACGCAAGAACUCAAGGACGAGUGCAGUGACAUCGUCAUAAAACUCGAUGGCAUGAACAAGGAAGAGAUGCGCGUGAUUUUGAGGAAAUUUGACAUGAAAUCUCCGAUAACGAAUAAUGAUUUGUCCGAUCCCAUGGAGUUUAAUUUGAUGUUUGGGACGCAAAUUGGUCCUACGGGCUUGAUAAAAGGCUUUUUGAGACCCGAAACGGCACAAGGUAUCUUUGUCAACUUUAAACGUUUGUUGGAAUUCAAUGCUGGAAAACUUCCUUUUGCCGCCGCGCAAAUUGGAAAUUCAUUCCGCAACGAAAUCAGUCCGCGAUCCGGGUUAAUUCGCGUUCGUGAGUUCACAAUGGCAGAAAUCGAGCAUUUUUGCGACCCGAAUUUGAAAGAUCACCCGAAAUUUGAGGAUGUGAAGGAUUUGCCGAUGACUUUGUACUCCGCCUGUAACCAAAUGGAUGGAAAAAGUGCGAGUUCGAUUACUAUCGGGGAAGCUGUCAGCACGGGUUUGGUUGCGAAUCAAACACUCGGUUACUUUAUGGCACGAAUUCAGUUGUUUUUACACAAAAUUGGAAUAGUUCCGGAACGUUUGCGCUUCCGGCAACACAUGAAUAACGAAAUGGCGCAUUAUGCCUGCGAUUGUUGGGAUGCCGAAUGUCUCACUUCGUACGGUUGGAUUGAGUGUGUCGGUUGUGCGGAUCGUUCUGCGUACGAUUUGACGCAACAUACGAACGCUACUGGCGUAAAACUUGUCGCGGAGAAGCCUCUUCCUGCUCCCAAAACGAUCCAAGUGACGGAAGCGGUCCCAAAUAAGGCAGCAAUCGGGAAACAAUUCAAAAAAGAUGCGAAAGCGAUCACCGAAGCUCUUGCGAAAAUGUCUCUCGAUGACGUCACGGACUUUAACAAGCAACUCGAGGCAUCGGGAGAGGCAAAAGUCAAAGUAAACGAUGCCGAAAUCACCCUUUCGAAAGAUUUGGUUUCCGUUAAGACCAGUUCCAAGACGAUUCAUGUCGAAGAAAUUGUCCCAAGUGUCAUCGAACCAUCUUUCGGCAUUGGUCGUAUCAUGUAUUCGCUCCUUGAACACAGCUUCAGGAUGCGGGAUGGCGAUGAACAACGUUGUUUCUUCUCGUUGCCGCCAGUUGUUGCCCCGCUAAAAUGCUCCGUACUUCCGCUCAGUAAUAACGCGGAAUUUAUGCCGUUUGUGAAGAAAAUCUCGCAAGCGCUGACUCGAGUUGAUGUUUCGCACAAAGUUGAUGACUCGAGUGGCAGUAUUGGGAAACGUUAUGCGCGAACAGAUGAGAUUGCAAUUCCGUACGGGAUCACCAUUGAUUUUGACACGAUCAAGACAAAUACGGUGACUUUGCGGGAGAGAGAUACGAUGACGCAAGUCAGGAUUGCGAUGGAUGAUUUGGCGGAAGUUAUGCGCGAAUUGGCCUUGGGACGACUCACUUGGGCGCAAGUUCAAGAGAAAUAUCCUAAAUUUGAGCAACAGGAAGCUGCUUCGAAAUAAAAAAAAUAAAUUAAAAUACCUCAAUGCUUUGAACAAUAAAAAAAGUUAUCAAUAAAGGAAGAAGAAAGUCUCGCAUUUAAAAAAUGUUUGCCAGUAAAAGUUUUUGUUUUUGCAUCAAAUUUUUGCAUCUUAAUAAAGUAUACGUUAAUCAAUCAUGA